CGGGGCCGUCCCGGGGCGGGGCCCAGGCUUCCUCCAGGCCGGCAGUGCAGAGCUGAGGCCGGUGUCUGCAGUUCAGCAGAGCACCUGCAAAGCUGCUCGGAAAGCGCCCCAGGGAUCCCCAGAUCUCACCCGAGCGCCGGGCGAGGGCUGCAGCACCGGCCCGGGUCCAAGUCGCCCGCUCCAGCUCCGUCCGCCUCGGCCCGUGCCGCGGGGAAGUCGCAGCCGUGGGCCACGGCAAAGAUUCUUCCAAGCAUGGUUUCCCACUCGGAGCUGAGGACGCUGUUCUGUGCGGCGGAUGCCGUGUGCUUCGACGUGGACAGCACGGUGAUCAGGGAGGAGGGCAUCGAUGAGCUGGCCAAGUUCUGUGGCGUGGAGGACGCAGUGUCGGAAAUGACUCGGCGGGCCAUGGGCGGGGCAGUGCCCUUCCAAGUCGCGCUGGCCGAGCGCCUGGCACUGAUCCAGCCGUCCAGGGAGCAGGUCCAGAGGCUGCUGGCUGAGCACCCACCACACCUGACCCCCGGUGUGAGGGAGCUGAUAAGUCGCUUGCAGGAGCGUGGCGUCCAGGUUUUCCUCAUCUCUGGUGGCUUCAGGAGUAUCGUAGAGCACGUUGCCUCAAAGCUCAAUAUCCCAGCAGCCAAUGUGUUUGCCAACAGGCUAAAAUUCUACUUUAACGGUGAAUACGCGGGUUUUGAUGAGACACAGCCAACAGCCGAAUCUGGUGGGAAAGGGAAAGUAAUCAAAUUUUUAAAGGAAAAAUUUCAUUUUAAGAACAUAGUCAUGGUUGGAGAUGGUGCCACAGACAUGGAAGCCUGCCCGCCUGCUGAUGUUUUCAUUGGAUUUGGAGGAAAUGUGAUCAGGCAACAAGUAAAGGACAAUGCCCAGUGGUACAUCACUGAUUUUGUGGAGCUCUUGGGAGCCCUGGAAGAAUAAUGUACACUUUUAUGCACCUUGUAACAACUUUCGAUCAACUUUUAAAAGUUACAUAGCUUGACACUGCUGGCUUGCACUGCCAAGGAGGACUUGGUAAAGUUGAUUCUCUGCACAUUCAAGUAAACAGUAGGACUCCUCAUAAAGGGUGGGAUUUGAAAACAUAGUUCAGUGUUUUGGUAGGACAAGUCCCUGGGGAAUUUCAUCAUCUGGAUUCUUCUAUAUUAACACUAGAUGUAUUUUACUUGAAGCCUUUGAGAGGCAUAUAAUAAACUAAAUAUUUCCAUUC